UGCAUGAGAAAUAUCUUUGUAUGCAUUGCAUAGCUGAGUCAGAUUACACUUUGAGUCUUGGAACAAUCUUAGAUUCCUUAACUAAAUACAGCUCUUCCUGCUUUUAUCUUCGAGAAGUCCCCCAGACAUCCAGGUGUUUUUAGACACCCAUGAUAGGAGAGGGAGACAAAACCUUGUAUGUGUGUACUUACUGCUCUGUUUAAUAUAGGUUUCCAUAAAAGACCACAAGCUUCCAUGAGAGAUAUGCUAUGAUUAGCAGGCAUUUUCUCUAAGACCAAAUAAAAACGCUAAGAGCUAUGAAGACGGGAUCUGAAUGAGACAAACCCUUAAAAUAUGGGCAAAUUAUAUGUAUUUCCUCAGAUAAAGGUGCACGCUGCUCAAAAUUUCUUAAAAGGGAAUAUUAGUUUUAAAGGAGCAAAAUGGGUGCCUGAUGAUUUUUCUUUAAAGAAAACAAAAGGCUGUUUAAAAAACGAAAAAAAUUAACACUAAAAUUUGUGUUUCAAUAUGAGAAAGGCAAAAGUAAAAAUCGAUAUACAAUAGCUGUUGGCAGUUGUUCGUUCAUACAUUGAGAUCAGGCUAUUCAGCUUGGAUGCUGGGCUAAAAACGUUAACUCCAAAAAUAAAUCCGAUGGUGGACCUCUGGUGCUUACUCCCAAGUGCAUAGGAUUUGCAGACUACAUUUCCUCGAGUAAUUGUCCUAUUGUCACUCCCCCCAAAUACAUUUGUAGAGUCAGGUUUGAAGAUGCCACCAUCUCCUGCAUUAGGACAAAUGCUACAGCGUGGAGCGAUUGUGACAACCACCCACCCUUGCUGUAUGAGGUCAUUGCAUACUCCUCAUCCCCGCCCGGGCACUAUCAACGCCUCUCCCUCCAGCACGCAUGCGCAAGCACUUCUUCGGCAGGCUGCUUUCGCCAUCUUUGCGAAGGGCGCCAUCCUCCAGCGAAAACAGCCUCAGGUUACGAGCCCGUCGAGGGGGUUUGCCGUAAGCUCCCGCGGUUACAAGUAAAAGCCUGUCCUCACAACCCGCAUCCAAGAUGGCGCCGCUCGUGCCACCGGCUGGAGGCGGUACCUAAAAUGGCGGCGCCGGCGGCGCAUGCGCAUUAGCGAAGGGUUGGCAGAGCGGGGCCUGGCCGUUCCCUAUUGUGUGCCUUCUGCGGAGAGGAAGCUCGAGGGCUUUUCGCUGCUGCUGCUGCCGCCGCCGCCUCGGUGCUACUAGGGAUGGAGACGGAGCCUCUGGAAGGAGACGGCGGCGGCCAUGAGGGGCCUAAGACGACUUCGGCCACGGCCCCCGGACUCACGGCCUCUCAGCGCCGGGCCGAGAUUCGCCGGAGGAAACUGCUGAUGAACUCGGAGGAUCGGAUCAACCGGAUCAUGGGCUUCCACCGGCCAAAGGCGGGUGAGGACGGGGCGUGGCUUUGGGGGGCGGUUUUUGACUGCGCUGGGCAUCCCCUGCCUUGCCCGGGCGCUUAUGAACGUGUCGGGGGUGGGAGCUCAACACGCGCCCCUCUUUCCUCGUCAAGUCCUCCUCUCCUUCCCGAACAAUGGGUUAACAUAGUCCGUAUAUUAACAAGCUAAUCUGAUCGCUCAAAAUGACGCUGCCCCUCCUCCCCGAGCGAUAUAUCGCAUUCGUCUUAUUUGAGGUGCUCCCCCCCCAUACCUUUUCAGUAAAGGUGCUUUGUUUGAAGAUAAAUCAAGUUCUUUCAUGCGAUCCAAGGAUGGCUGUUUCAGCAUUGAAAACACCUGCCUCUACGUCCUUUGGGAAGAACAAAUCAUGCACAAUUUAUAAAUUAAUGUGUGUUUCGUUCAGGAUUUGUGUUUCCAUUUGCAAUGGAGAAAGGUGAAUGCUCUUACUAUAUUUGACGCGAAAGUGCCAACAAACCGUGCUGAAUCAUUUCAAUACUUAUUACUGAAUGAAAUCAAUAUUUUUUUUUCAUAAUUCUAUUCUCUGAAACAUUUUUAUCCCACCUGUUGCUUAUUUAUUCACUCAAUUUAUUAGUUUUUUGGGAUGACAUAUGGGUUUAAAACAGCUAUUACCACCAAGAAGCCCUGGGUGGGUGUAUCCUUGCAAAUAAGCUUGCAAGGUCUGACUGCGCAAGAGCUUUAUGUGAGAGAACUUUAAGAGUACAGGAAUUUGAAUCUUUCUACUCCUUUAACCCUAACCAGUAUAACACGCUGACUGGUGUCUCUCCUGUUAUUUAUCAUUUAGAUAAUGUUUCCAGUUCACAAUAUAACUUGUAACACUUGUUUGCCUUGUGUUGCCAUUUUUAAAUGUGGAACUGAGACCAAGAUGAUUUGCCUACUGCUUGCAUAAUGAAUCUUUGUCAUGUUCCUUGAUUUCCUAUUGAAUAUGUAGAUAGUUUUAUUAAUGUGCUGUGCUUCUGGCUGCAUUUAAAAGCAGAGAAUGUAACUUAACACUUAGGUGGGGAAGCUGUACAGUAGCUCCUGCUUUUAGUACUUUUUGGUCAAGAAGAGGAGGAAGUCAGUUGUGGAAAUCACAACUCAUUAGAGCUUGCAGGUGUUUACGUGCUUUGAUUCUUUCUGUGUCCUUCCAGUACUCUUUAAUAUUUUCAGAGCUGAGAUUCCACAGUAUGUAUUGGUGCCAUGCUCUUCCUUCUGGUGUGUUUGAAAUAUUGGAGAUUGAAAUUGUUUCUUUCUAGUUUAAGGGUGCUAGUAAUCCUCUGAAGAAUGAUGACAACGUGAAGCACUUAAGAGUCCCUGAACCAGAUGCUGCUGAAGCUUUUUUGUCCCAUUGGUCACAUUCAGUAUUGACCAAACCUCUAGAGGCUACAGGCAGCGGCGUAGCGUGGGUUGUCAGCAUCCGGGGCAAGGCAAGUAAUUUGCGCCCCCUAACCUGGGGCAAGGCAAGUAAUUUGCGCCCCCUAACCAGGGGCAAGGCAAGUAAUUUGCGCCCCUAACCUGCCGCCGCUGCCAGCUUCUUCUUGCUGCUGCCUGGGCUGGUCUGGUGUGGUUCUCUCCCGCGCUCAGCGCUGCGCUGGGCAGCCGCUGCACUGUCCCUUCCCCAGAUAGUCCCUCGCUCUCUCUCCGCACCGCACGCCUGGCACCCACCCCCUCCACAGUGGGCGGCGACCCAGCAGCUCGGAUCGGAUUCGCACAGCCAGCACUGCAGUGAGAGAGAGUGAGUGAGCCAGGUAGGAGCAGAGAGCUGCGAGUGCAAGUGCGCCCCCCCAGAUGUUGCGCCCGGUGCGGCCGGCCACCCCUGCACCCCCCAUGCUACGCCACUGGCUACAGGUCAGCACUGGAUGUGGCCACCCCAUACCCUCACUCAUGCACACUUGCAUGUGUGUACUUUGCUCACAGCUGAUUUGUGCAGAUUAGCUGAGGAUCAUCAAAGUAUUAUUGGUCAUCAAAGUAUGGGUCUGAAGGCCAGGGAGACGGUGAUUUUCAUUCCCAUCAGGUUUGGAGCUUUCUAUCAUUGUAGCACCAAUACCAGUACUUUUCUUUCUAGAAAAAGAGUUACAGGAACACCCACUUUUUUUUUAGUUGAGCUUCUUUAAGGGGAAACCAAAGCUGGCGUGGGGGGGCAGCCACCCCUGUGCUAAAUGAGGGUUUAGCACUGCUUCCUCCCCACAAACAUGCCCUCCUUCCUUCACUUCUUCCUGGCCAACACUAAGGGGAACAGAUACUUCAUUUUAGAUUAACCACAGUUUAGUUUGCUGUCCAAACCCUGAACUAUGGCUGAUCUUAACUAUAGUUAACUAUCUUAACACAGUUUGACUGAGCUUGGAUGACAUGAGAAGCUGUGACUAAUAAAAAAUGGAAAGCUCUGGGAGAGGUUUGGUGAAAGCAUGUGAGCCUGGGAGAAAGAUAGACUUGCUUUCUCAACGCUAAACUGUGGGUUAGUGUUCUGUCCAAACUAACCCAUUAUGGUCAGCUUUCUCCUUGGCAGGCUUUGUGACUUUUCAUAUGUGUUCUAUAAAGCAGUUUUGGAAAGCCUAUAGAAUGGUGUUUUUAAUUAUUCUGUCACAGUUCUUGGAAAAAAGAGGCAUGAAAUGUUUACACAUUUAAAAGAUUAAAGAUCACAUUUCUGGUUUGUACUUUUGUUCUUCCUUCUACAGUUUGUAGUCACAAAUCCUUCUUGGUAUGACUUGUUUCUCUCCAAACCACUGUUAUAUGCAAAAUGAGUUAUUUAAAGAGCUUUGGCAAAAAGUCUCUCUGCAAUCAAUCUAUUUGACUCAGGAAAAAAAUAUGUGUGGAAAAUUUAUUAUUUGGUUAUUUGGCCUCGAUAAACUACUGUAAUUGGAAUGGAACCAGAGGAAAGCACAUGGAAUGGAGUUGGUAGAAGUAACCACUCUAGCUUCAUGAAAAUCUGCUCUUGAGUAUUAGGGAAUACUUUUGGUUGGAGUGGGCUGUAGUGCAGGGGGAUGAAGGUGGGAGAGGGGAUCCCCCCAAAUUAGGUGGAGACAUGAGCACUGAUUGUGAAAGUUGCUUCUAUCUGACUUUUUAAAAAAUUCUCCUGCUGUCCACAUAGUAUGAAAAUUAAACCAGCAAUAAAACACAAGCAGCACAACCCUUUUUAAAAUUACCACUGAACGACUAGUCCUUGUGUUUCUUUCAAAAGCCAGCAAGUAACUUGUCCUGUGUCCUUUUGAAGGGAGCUGUUUUGUAGGCUGAGGUCUGCAAGAGAAAAGGCACCAACUCUUCGUAUCUUUUUGAAAUGACAUUAUGCUUUAUUUUUAUUUAUUUAAUAAAAUUAUGCCCUACCCCUUUGCCAUAUGACUCUCCAGGACAGGUUACUGUAAUAAAACACAUAAAGCAACCAGUAGUUCAAACUCAUAAAACAAUCAGUAUAAAUAACUAAAUCAUUGGCUAUCUGUCAGUAUAUCACUGCACAGGCCAGUUCCUUAAUGCUCAAAGACCUGAAAGAAACAGCAGGUAUUUAGCUGGGGCAGGAAGGGGGAGUGUCAUUAGGCUCAGUGUGAAAAGUAUAUGCCAUUCUUCUUUGACCCCUGUUUUCCUUACAGUGCUUAGUUCCACAGCUACAUGGCCUAGGACCUUAGUCUGUAGGGAUCCACUACCAGUUUAUGACCUGAUCUGAGAUGGUCACAACAGCAGCCCUACCACUGUACAAAUAUAUGGUAAAAAAAAAAUAUGGUAAAAAAAAGUAAUAAGAAGAAAAUGUUCUCCAGAUGUGUGUUUUGGUUUAAAGUGGGUCCCAGGUUUGAAAACAUGGAAGACUACUAGCCUAGGUCUUGUAGAGUAACCUACAAUAUUUAGCAUAGUGACUCCUUUCUUUUUUGCCUCCUCUUUAGAUGAUGACAGCCAUUCAGAAUCAAAACUUCAGCUGGAACAAGAUAAGCCAAGCACCCUUCCCACUCCUGUUUCCAAACGGGUUGUGCUAGGUGACACUGUUUGCAGUUUGGCAGGAACAGCCGACCAUGCAAGCAGUGCAAUAGAGCACAAGGGAGAGAAAAAGGACUUGUUUAGCAUAACUCCCGAGGUUGGAAAUGAUGGCACUGGCGAGCUCCGACAGCGCAGCAGAGGGGAUCUGAUGGAGGUUCCGCAGAGAGCACCUCGCCACGGGUUAGACCAGUAUCUCUCGAGGUUUGAUGAAGCGAUGAAGUUAAGAAACCAACUUAUCAGUGAGAAGCCAAGCCAGGAAAAUGGAAAUGUAGUGGAGGAAUUUGAUUCCUUCCGCAUUUUUAGAUUAGUGGGGUGUGCACUACUUGCCAUUGGAGUUAGAGCUUUUGUGUGCAAAUACUUGGUGAGUAAAGAAAAGUCUUAGUAACUUAGUACUUCUUGUUUAUUUGACCUGGUUGCCUUACUGAUUAGCCCAGAAAGUUUGACAGUGGAAUUUGCAUUUGGCAGAUAAGGAAUUUAUGCUGAGAAAAGUAAUAACUUUCCCUAAGCCCGCCCAUCAAGUUCAUAGCUAAGUAGAGAUUUGGAUUUAGGCCCAAAUCCAUAAUUCUGUCCACUCUUCAACAGUGGCUUGUCCUAAGUAGUGAUGAUUGAGCAAUGAUUAUUUUAAGACACAUGGUGUUUGGCAAGAGGAUCAGAACCACAAGAAAUUGUAAGCCCUGGCCUAGCAAAAGCAUCAAGAAAUUACUGUACUUUGGUGCUCUUCUGUAUUGACAAUAAUUAAGCUAUGGGUAGCCCUGGAAGCCCAGGACAGCCAGCAGUGUUGUUUGCUUUUCAGGCUGUGCCAAGUACUGUUCUAGUCUAUGCAAAUGGUGUUCAAACACAGCUGACAAUUUACUAGCCAGUGAUAACAUUUAAUAGUGGAACAAACGUGGCCUUAUGCAUGAAGCUUAACUACAAAAUAUGCCUAGGUUUCGCCUUGUCUUAAUCCUGUUGUGAGCUAAUGAAGCAGCCUGUCCAAAGCAAUUGGGCUAAAGUUUUCUUGCCAUCAGAACCCUUAAGGAAGAUGUAGCCAUCUGAUUUUAGGACUGAGGUCAAGUUGGCAAGAUAUGGACACAAAUUCCUAGACAUCAAAAAUGAAGAAGACUGCUUUCUUAAAUUACUUAAUCAUCUGUCAAAAAUCAUACAAAACAAUUCAAAGAUUUCGAGAUUCCCAGGCUUGUUUUUAUGGGAACUGGAUAAUCAGCAGAAAAGCAUUUCCUAACUAUAUAAAGUGCAAUGCCUAAUCAUUGCUACUAUCAAAUAGCUUUAAAUUAUUCAAAAGUAAAUUUGAAUGUUAUUGUUUAAUUAUGUGCAAGGAUGAUUAUUUACUGAAUGAUUCAUAUGGAAGUUUUCCUUGGGGACUUUUUGAAUGGACAUCUUCCUAGACAUUACUAUAGCACUCUAACUGGUCUGUACCAGUACGUUAGAUAUAUGUUAGUGACUUCUCUGGAUCUUCCUUAAAUAUAAAUUCAGUCUGUUUUGACAGUGGUGCUUUGAAAUUUGGUUAUCUUCUCUAUAUUUUCCAAUCAAUUGGUUGAAACACUUCAUAGACUAUUUCCUUGAAAUAAUGUAGCAAUGUGAAUUUCUUGUUACUACUUUCUGUUUCAUUUAACUUCUUUGUUUUUCCCCCCCACAGUCAAUAUUUGCUCCAUUUCUUACCUUACAGCUUGCAUACAUGGGGUUGUCAAAGUAUUUCCCAAAGGUAAGACCUUUUUUUAGGACAAAUGGAUUAUCAAAAUGUCUUAACUUAAAAUAAGAUUUGACAGAGAAAGCUCUGUGUUAGAAUUUUCUUAGCUUUUAUGCAGAAUAGCAGAUAAUGACAAUACAAUGCUAAUUUAGGUUUAUCAGCAAUUGUUUGCAUUUUGUGUAUAUACAUUUUGAAUACUUGAGAGCAGUCAGCUACAGAGACAAUGCAUAAACUCUUCAGUACUGAGGAUCUUCAUGGGUGUAAGUUACAUUCAACUUUAGAAUACCUUAUUUCUGAGUAAACGUGUUUUGGACUGUGAUUCUAGGCAUGCUUACCUGGGAGCCACUCUCUGAACUCCAUGCAGCUUACUUCUGAAUAGAAAAAUACAGGAAUGCUCUGUAAAAUGGGCUAACCUGUUGAUCUUGCCCUUACCUGAAAGUCACCAUCUAUAAGCUUGGUGGCAUCGUUAUUGUAAAAUAGACUUUGUCAGACUUCAGGUCCAGGGUACCAAACUCCCAUUCUUUUAGGUGCAUAUUGCGACAGGGAAUUUCAUUAGUGUGAGCAGUUUUCUGAGCUCUGGGCGCAAUAUUGCUCCUAAAAUUUCAGAUUAAAACUGCAGAGUUGAAGGAAAGGAGGACCUUUUUCUGCCUCCCCACUUCCAGCUACUCUCUGAAGACUAGAGAAGAGACCCUCUUAAGACUAUUAAGGGGAUGGGCAGGGGAAGGACUAGACCAUGUGAAAAAUGAACAUAAUAUUUGUAUUGUUGUUAUAAAAAAGCAUGCCUAGACAUUCCGUUGUGCCCAUAACAUAGAUUUAAGGUGCCAUUUAGCUCCUAGCUUUCAUAUCCCAGUUUCUAACACUGACCAGGCCACAUAUUGUGGCAGAUUUCUCAGAGGCUUUUUGUAGCAUAGGCCAUGUAUUUUCAUCUUGAGAUUUUCUUACGGCAUUGGCAAUAAUAUUUAUGUGACAGACUGAUCAUCUGAAUUCUAACUGGGAAGAAAAUUCCCCUUGAUUGAAUAGGGCUCAUUCCUGUUGGUGUAUGUGGGGUUGCAGAUGGUUUGUAAAAGAAAAGCACAAUGUUUACUUGAGAGUUGUCUCUCCUCCACCAUGUUUUGCGACUGUGAAUCCAGUGAACUAAUCACUUUUCUGCAGAUUACUUUUGAAUAACUUUUGUGGGAGAUGUUGGCCUUCUUGAUGUAUAUCAGGGGCAGGGAACCCUUUUCAGCCUGAGCGCCGCAUUCCUGUGUUGGCAGCGUUCCAGAUGCCAAAAAUGGGCAGAGAAACAGACGUGGCAUGUACCUUUGUAUGGAAGGUGACAUUCCAGCCACACACAACAGCCAGAUGUUUCUAAUUACACAAACCUCUCUCUAUCUUCCAUCCAGGCAAGCGAGGUGCAUCACUGUAGUCCUAGCUAGGCAGAAGUGCUUGAGGGAGGGCACAGAUCAGGACUCAUGAGGGCUGAAUUUAAAGGCCUUGCAGGAUUUUAAAGGCCUUGAAUUUGAGACCCUGGGCAUGAGGUUUCUGUCCCCUUUGCUUUACAUUUUUGGCCAGGGAUUGGCGCACAGCCUCAUGUCUUCUUCUCACCUUUUAGUGUAUUGAUCAAAUAUCUUACUUUUCUUUCAAACUGGUGACAUUUUCAGCUAACUUUCCUUUGCUGUCAUCAUUGUUUUUGUGACAGUUGUAUUGAGUGAAACAUGAGAAUUACCAAAUGUGGACGACAAACGACUUAUUAAGUAACAAUUAGUGGACAAAAAUCCCUUUUAGUAUAGACAACUGGCAAGCAAAUGUAAUGGAACUUUGAAGAAAGGAACAAUUUCCAGUGUGAUAACACCGUUUCCAGGUCCCAAAGUCAUUACUUCAUCACUGUAGCCUCUGCCCUUGCCUGAUGAAUGUAAGAGAAUAGCACCAGCUGCUAUUUGUGAACAGAAAGAGCUCAUCAUAAUAGAAACAAGCAACCAAGAUUACAGGAAAAUACCUCUGAGAUGCUUUUUUAAAUGCACUUUGAGAGGUGUAUGGUAGAAUAUUAGGUAACCUUAUGAAAUGUAUUAUUAUUAUUAUUAUUAAUUAAUUGAAUUUAUAUACCUCCCUAUACCCUGGGGGUCUCAGGGCAGUUCACAGAAUAAAAUCAAGAUAUAAAACCAUAAAAUACCUAAUAAAAAUAAAUGUAUUAAAGCUCUGAUAAGGUGCUUAAAGAUGAAAGCUGUGAAAAACGAAGUAAUUUUUAUUUCUUACACAGAGUGAAAAGAAAACGAAGACCACGGUAUUGACUGCUGCUCUUUUACUGUCUGGGAUCCCUGCAGAAGUGAUUAGUCGUUCCAUGGACACUUACAGCAAAAUGGGGGAUGUUUUUACAGACCUUUGUGUCUAUUUCUUUACUUUCAUCUUCUGCCAUGAACUGCUUGUGUUUUUUGGUUCCUGAAGCGCCAUGAUAGCUGUGGAACCUGGUGUAAUACUUCAGCUGGACUGCGUCACUCUUGAUUUCAUACAUGCCUCUGGAUAUAUAAACAGUGUUAACCCUAUAUCCAAUACUUGGUUCAGUGCAGCUUAAACAUACUUUGAUAGGGAAGAGCUUUGAAGUCCUGGCUUUGAAGCUGAACUGGUAGAUUUUGAGUACAGUGCAGAGUGAUCUCAGAUAGGGACAGUCAAAUGCAAAUAUUGGUCAGUGGUCCAAUGACACACUUUUCUGUAAAACUGAAAUGUGUCCUUUCUGUCCACCACCCCAAUUAAAAGGAAUCACCCUGAAACUGUAACCUUUCCCUUUGGCUCUGUGAUUUGAGAGCACAGUGCAGCUGAGGUCUCCUACUUGAAUAGAAUUAUGUUAGUCUUUAUGGGUGAAUCCAAGGAUUCCAUGAGCAAAACUCAACUCAUCAGAUGCUGCUGCUGGAGGAAAGGUGGGGGAGGUGAUUUUUGUGUUCCUCCUAUACCAGAGGGCUGGGGAUUCUCCAGAACUUGCGGGGGUGACACAGGAGGAAAUGGAGAUCAGAAAAAUUGUUACCCUCUUCCUUUUCCCAGCAGGAGUCUCUGAUGGGUCUCUGUUUUUCCUCCAAAUGGAUCUUUCUGUUCAUGGAAGGAAUGCUCUGAAUACAAGCUUAUCAUAGGAAUAUCCUAUUUUAUUAGCUUAUAGCCCUCAAUUCAUGCAUUUUAGCAGUCAGGAUAGUCUUACCAAAAUAUGAUCAGCGCCAAGAUUGAUUCUACAAUAGAAUUAGGAUGGAUAUAAGUCAUCAUUUUAUGUCUUCCUUAAAUGGGGUAGUAUUCUCUUUGUUUUCUUGUAGUUAGGGAGGUUUGAUUUUAGGAUGUGAAUGCAAGAGCUAAGACGAAGCAGUGAAAUUCAACUUCUUUAUGUGUUCCCAUUAAGCAUUCAUUGGGUGAUAUCAAACAUUAAUCAUACUCAAAGUAGACUCAUUAAAAUCAGUGGAUUUUAGUCCUUCAUUUCAGUUAGCCUACUCUUGAGUUUGACUUCCAUUGGAUAUUGCCUGUUAUCUUUUUUUUACCUAACUAGGAAACUUAAUUACUUGUGUUUACAUGAUCUAAUGCAAUAUACAGCAUUAGUGCAGAUUUAAAAGCUGCUCUCUUGGGUAACUAUACUUUCGUACCUAAAAAUGUCACAAGUUUUGCUCAUUCCUCUGACUUGACAAGUGCUUUUUUUUGUUCAUUGUAGUGUAAACUAAUACAGGUUUCUGCUUCCUAUUUCCUAUAUCUUCCGUUGCAAGAAUAUUGCAUGUGGAGUCCAGCCUCUUCUGUCUGGACAUUCAAGGGAUCAUUACAUUUAUCAGUAGCAGGGGAAAAAUGUGACUUGUAAGAGUACAGACCAGAUUUUAACCAUAAUUUUAAUCAAAUUAUUAGUUUGUACAGUUGCUUACAUAUUCAUUUCACAUGGGAAUGCUGACUCACAAGUAAGUUUUUAUAACCCAUCUGAAACAGAUACUUGAAGCGUCUUCCAUCAAAACCAUUAGGGCAAUUCUAGGUAAAUGCUCUUGAUUGGUUCAUUUCUGAAAGAUUCCGUUCUAUUGGUCAGUACCAUAAAGCAAGUCUUUACUUGGUUUUAGCUGGUGGGCCUUCAUAUUUAUUUAUUUAUUUAGAGUUAAGUUCCUUCAGUAAAUCACAGUUGUUGUUUACCAUUAAAAACAGAUUUUAUUACUAAAAAAUAAAUAAAAAUAAAUUAAGAACCCUAUAAUAUUUAAAGGCUGGUUCAGAGGAAGCCCAGAUUAAGAGAGCAUGCACAUCCAACCUUCCUUUCUCCCUCCCCAUCUUUCUCUGCUCUGCUUCAGUGCUGUGUGCAAUGUUUGCGAUCCCUGGUUCACUUCUGAACCUGCCACCCUGACAAGUAAUUGGCACCAGGCUUAGGUAUUCAGUGAGAAAUUAGGCUGGGAGAAAUCAGGCUAUUAUGUAAUAGUUCCCUUUAUGCUGAAGGAUGAGUGGAUAUUUGCCUGGGACCUUAAGAAUUAAUGGGAAUAAAUGUUCUGGAGGUACAGUGGCCAUCGUAAACGAUAGGUGUUACCCAUGUAGCUGUGAUCCCCUAAGUUACUGAAAUCAUUCUGUGAUUAUAGAGGCUAAUGUAGCUUCUCUUUUUAGAGGCUGUCACUUUUUUGUUUUUGUUUUGGAUAAUCAAAAUAAGCUGUUUUCCUUAUUUUGCUUCUUUCCUCCGUUACAGUUUUAAUACUGCAUUCAUUGACCCAAGUUUCAUUGUUCUAAUUGUAUGUGUUACAUGAAGAAAAGAGUUUUUAGAGUAAAUAUGGAUGCCCUGGAGACAUCUGUGCACUUGGAUUGAGGUGUUUGCCAUGGCAGUUCCCCGCACUGAAGACAUGAUUCUGCUCAGUUUAAAAAACCAACUUUACUCUUUAGCAGUAGGAACUGUUGUGGCAAAAACAGCAAGCAAAGCCCUGUUUGUAUCUGAGUUCUUUCCUGGGCAUGUAUUUCUUUCCUCUCUAGAAUCGGGCCAUGAUAUAUUCUAUUGUGUUCAGUAGACUUUGCACUACGAUAAACUCUCAGCAUCUAAUUGUAUAUGUUAAGGUCGGACUAUAUCUCUGUCGACAUGUUGAAAGGUUCUGUUUGAAGCUAAUGGAUGUAAUACAAAAGAUUCAGAACAAUUGGUUUGCAAGUGAGGGCUGAAAUUGAGCUGGCAUUAAUAAUUCUAUCUGUAAGGAGUGACUGUUGCAGAAAUACUGUAUCUGCAUCACAUCUUCAAAAUGCUUUGAAGUUUUCAUCAUUCCCAACUAAUAGUUUCAGAAAGCUGAUAGACUUAACCAUUAAAACAACUUUCAGCUGGUGUUUCUGAAUUUCUUUAAUUCAUAUUUGCCAAGCUGGACUUUUCAACAGUGAUAAAUCAGUAUCAAGUCUAAAAUUUAAUGGGUAGAAUAUAGAAUUUUCCCAUAUUGCCCACUUCCGCUAUGAAAAGUGAUGUAUAGGGUGGGAUAGCAGGUGAAUAGUAAAAAGGUGUUUUGUAUGUGGUUCCUUUUGCAAAAACCUCAUUUUGCAAAAUCCAAUAAACCUCAUGUGGUCAUGUAUGUCCUCCAGUGUAAUUAUUUCUAGACUGCUUCUAUGAAGUCUGUUAACCAUUUAUUUGUUGGCAUGCCUUUGUAAUUCAUUUUUAAAGACUACUUGGGUUGUCAAGUGUUUUACUAAUAUAUUUCCAAUGUUAUUUUCAUUUCCAACUAUGGAAUAUAUGUUCAUGUAACUUAUGGACAAGCAUGAUUUAGAAAGUAAAGAAUUAAACACUGC